ACCCAGCACCGCACCAACCAACCAGCACGCGGCACACCGUCUUCCCAGCCAUAAAACCCGGACCGCCCCCGGCCUCGCGCUCCAUUCCCAUUCCCCAGCAGCACCCAAAGAAGAGAAGAUACAGUGGUAGCAGUGAAGAGCGAUCGAGAUGGAGGGCUACGAUCGGGAGUUCUGGCAGUUCAGCGACCAGCUGCGGCUGCAGACGGCGAGCUUCUCGGGGCUCUCCCUCGGCGACUCCAUCUGGUCCCCCGCCGACAACGCCCGGGGCCGCAACAACGGCGACCCGGCCGCCCUCUUCUCUCCUUCACCCCUCGACGGCCAGAUCAACGCCAAGAUCAACACCAACAACGGCAACGGCGGCCUGCAGGACGGGCCCGGCCUCAUCGGCUCCGGCAAGCUAGCCUUCGGCAACACCACCACCAACAAGGCCGACCGCUACAACAACGUCAGCCUCCCGCAAGCCGCCAGCGACGCCAAGCCCUACGGCAACCUCAGCGGCUAUGGCGCCGCCAAGACCAACAACAACAACAACGCCAACAUGAACAGCAACUUUGCGCUCAACAAGAUGAUGGGCGGGAAUUACAACAGCAGCAACUUCAACAGCGGCGGCAACGGGGAGGUGAAGAGCUACUUCAACAAGUCCAUCGGGAGGCCGGCCAACAACAACAGCAACAACCACUACGGCGGCGGCAAGAAGGGCGGCGCUCUUGACGGCAAGAAGAAGCACGCCAAGAACGAGGGCGGCAACAACAACAACAGCAACAACCACGGCGCCGCGUCGGAGAAGCGGUUCAAGACGCUGCCGGCGUCCGAGGCGCUGCCCAGGAACGAGGCCAUCGGAGGAUACAUCUUCGUCUGCAACAACGACACCAUGGAGGAGAACCUCAAAAGGCAGCUGUUCGGGCUGCCGUCGAGAUACAGAGAUUCGGUGAGGGCGAUCAGGCCAGGGCUGCCCCUCUUCCUCUACAACUACUCCACGCACCAGCUCCACGGCAUCUUCGAGGCCGCGAGCUUCGGCGGAGCAAACAUCGACCCGGCGGCCUGGGAGGACAAGAAGUGCCCCGGCGAGUCUCGCUUCCCUGCACAGGUGAGGGUGGCGACAAGGAAGAUCUGCAACCCGCUGGAGGAAGACGCCUUCCGGCCGAUCCUGCACCACUACGACGGGCCCAAGUUCAGGCUGGAGCUCAGCAUCACUGAGGCUCUUUCCCUUCUUGACGUCUUUGCAGACAAGGAAGACGACGCCUGAAGCUGCCUGCUGCUGCUCAAGACCCCUUAUUAUGGGGACUGUUGAGAAACGCUACAGAAUAAAUUCGGCAUAUAGACAUUACCUGUUAUAAUAGGUGGGUAAUUUUACAGGGUUUUCCAUCUCGCGGGCGAAGAAAGUUAUGCGCCCCGUUGUCUGUCACGCGUGGUGAUAGACUGCAGAGGAUGAUCCGCCCUCGUUACUGUAAUUAAGUUAUUAUUAUGUCUGGACGGCUCUAUAAAUAUCGAGACUUGAGGAUGUUUCUCCUGUUUGUACACACCUGAGCAUAAUGAAUAACCGCGUUCGUUCUCCGUGACGCCUUUGUA